GUGAUUCUGUGCACCGUGUUGGGCGUCGCCAGUGUUCUUGGAACACUUGGGAACUUAUUAGUCUUAACUUCCAUCAUCAAGUUUGAUUAUUUGAGAGAAAUUCCUGACUUUUUUAUUUUUAGCUUGUCGUUAUCUGACUUUCUUGUCACAGCAAUCUUUCAGCCCUUGCAAGCUUACAAAGUCACACAUUUGAUUCAAGUCUCCGGGAUUGUAGCAUUUUCGGAAAUAACGAGUCUUCUCGGGCAUAUCUCACUGAUUGCAUCCAUUUCAAACAUGUUUGGAGUAACUGUGGAACGCCUGAUUUCCAUUCGCUUCCCUUUGAAGUAUGAUUUCCUAGUGACUAAAUUUCGAGCCAAAGUCACCAUAAUCUGCAUCUGGAUUUUUUCGUUAUCCUAUGGAACAGUCUGGACACAGGACCUUGCUCCAAUAGAAUACAUGGCCAUUUAUUUCGUCCUGGUCCUUGUUGGAACAGCAUCGAUCUAUUUUUACAUAUUUCUCAUCGCCAGACGACUCGAAGGCAGAAUGGUUCAGACACGAAGAGAAUCAACAGACGCUGGAAUUCCUAACAGACGCCGAGAGAGAAAAGCUGCAAAAACCAUUGCAACCAUUUUAGGGGUUGCAGCUCUAUGCUGGCUUCCUCUUUUGAUCGUUCCAAACGUUCUCCCCAAGAAUUUGGAUCAUGCAACAUUCAUGAAAAUUUUCUUUCCUCUUCAGACUUUGUCGGUUUGUAAUUCCUCGAUCAAUCCUUACAUUUAUUGUGUGAGAAGUUCCAGGUAUUCCGUAGCGUUUACCAAGCUGCUUGGGUUACAAAAAAUUUUUAACUACAAAGUACAAGCUAAGGACACCAAAGGUUUGUCCGUUUGUCGUACUCAAGGCGAUGCUCCAAAACCAGAUACUCAGGCCCCUCAGAAAGACAUCAAAGAUGUCGCCUUGUAAUGAAACAAAGCAGAGAGAAACCAAAAGUUUUACGAAUUUUAAAUAAUUUCGGCCUCUACCUGUGAUUCGAUGGACUUUUCGCAACUCUGGGAGUAAUUGCAUACAUAUCAAAUUGAAAGCACUUUACCACAAGAUUAUCAAGUUCAGUCGAAUCAGAAGACACGACAGAUCGCAAGAAGGCAGGAGGGCAAACUUUGAAUUUUCUUUAUAACCAUACAGCUGUGCAUUAGUAGCAUGAUUUUCACCAAACGCAGGUAGCGUCCGGUUGUUCACAAGAGUGCAGAAAAACAAAAGGUCAACAGAACUAAUGCAACUGGGAAGCGAAGACAGGCCAUGAAGUCAAGGGUAAGCAAGCCACUGUCUGCUGACACCAUCCUUUGCCCUCACUGCCGUCUUUUCUUCAGGGCUAGGAUUGGAAUGCGCUCGUACGUUAGAAGAUCUCCUUGACCUCUAGAUGACUAUAUCGUCUUCGUCAGAAAGGCUAACAUCCUGCGUCUGGUUGUCAUCUUUACAGCUUGUCUCACUUCCUUGAUAAGGAUCACUUCCUUAAGAAAAAACCAAAAAUACCGUGAUGCAUUCUACAAGAACUACAUAUGAACUGUCUUGUGAAUCAAUCGUAAAACUACGACAGCGAUGAGAAUUAGAUAAAAGAGUUAUCGGCUGUAAAGAAUCCUCUAAUUAAAAUUUUAAUUGUCAGUAGAGUAUCUGCAGACCUUCCUGUCUAAAACUGUCGUUUACUUUGCUGGAAAAUCUGAGUUUGACGACGACGCAGCUGAAUAACUGUUUUCAUAUCACCAAAGCCUGACAUGGCCUGACAAUACAUAAGGGCGUGAUUAUGAACGAAAAAAUCCGGAAAAUAUCUUUCUGCAGGAAGUUCAGCAUACCAAGUGAAAUUUAUGGCACCCAAAAGAGCACGACUAUUGCGCGGAAUUGGAAUGAGUUGCGACACUAAAAAACAUUACAUCAUUUUUCGAAAGGAGCGUAGCAAUGCACCAAUCACUUUUCUACUGUGGUUAAUACAAGGAUCAUUAGCACUGAGGCGCAUUUCUGUAAUACCGCACAUUUAGCGGUCUUUAGGAUUUACAACCUCUAUAAUGUUACAGCGAGCGUUUAGCUGCGCUGUGACGCGCACCUGCAUCGAAACGCGGACAAAAUUAAUUUUGAGACGCGAAAUUCAUCUCAAAAUCAGGUUUUCUCUGUGUUAGACUUUGAUGCACUACAAAAAAGUUGAUUGUUAAAUUAGAAAAAUAGUUAAAUAAUACUAGUUUUUUAAAGAACUCUAUCUUUAGCAGUCAACUAUGUGAAAAAAAAAUAAAUAAGAGAUUAAAUAAAAAUAAAUAACGCCUUAACUUAGCCCUUUGGUGGCCGGUCGCCUCGCCAAAUCGUCUCAGUUUGAAUAAGAGGUUCUCCACUGUAGACGCGGCCGCUUGGAUUUUGAUCAGCAUUGGGGUAAGAGCCUGAGUUUCGUUUGGUUGAUUGGUAAGAAAACCUUGAAACCGCCACAACCGAGCAAUGAAUGAUAAUAUGACCCAGAGAUCUCAGAAUAUUUCACCAGCUUGAGAAGUAUUGAAUUAAAAAAUAAUGACAAACUGAAACAAGGAGGCUCCCAUGAUAUGAGGUUCACCAAUCAUGGCUGUGAAUGUUUUGUCGUCAUGACAUUUACUUUUGAAUGGAACAGGAUGAUCCUGAAUGAUUCUCGUGGGAGCGUAGAUUUUAGUUAACCGAUGGAACCGAUUGAGCCAGUGAGCUCAAUGAUUUAGUUGAUACACGAAACUUUCAAGUCGAACAUUUGCUUUUCAUGGUAAAGCAAAGCUCUUAAAUCGAUUUAGGUAGGACUACAUUUUUUUUCCGUUUCGCCUGGUGAUGGAGAAGGGGAGGAUAACAAAUCGAGUAUUUGUCUUCGAUUACUGAACGACUCUUUGUCACGACUAGAAUCACCAUAAAAAUGUCUAAAAAUGGAUCGGUCGUUAGACCUUUGUAAAAAAGUCCACGUUUGAUCAAUCAACUCUUUGCAACUUUCCGUCAGUCUGUAUGAUUAGUAGUGAGAACAUUUGAGAUAAUCGACGCUAGUAACUCUUGGCGGUAAAAAGGUUAAGAAAAUACAUUACUUCUCUCUCCAAGGAAAACAAUCUAACUGGGGUGCCCCUUCCCCCCUUACCUUCCCCUACCCUGACGGGUAAGAAAAUACUGUGUUGACUUGGUGUAAAACAUAGGCGAAUAACUGAAAAAAUAUUCGGUGUUUGGAUUAAAACUUGAAGCAUUCAUCAAACUUUUUUUCUUCAUAGUCAAUUUUUUUUUAGGUUUUUAAUUAUUGUAUAGUGCGAAAAUGCCGUUGACAAAGUGAAAUACGUAUUAGGAAUCACAAUAGCAAUGACUAAAUUACAUUUUAUUUCUUAUUGGAAAAAAUAUAUUGGGAAAGUGUAAAAAGUCUUCAUAUUUCCCUUCCUUCUGUUUUCGUCAAAGAAAAACUAAACACACAAUGACUAGAAAUUUUCAUGAAAGGGGCUGAAGAUAUAUAAUAAAAACUUUGAAAUUAUUGAGCUAUAUUUAUACCCUACCAGGUUCUUAAAUUUCCGUUAACCUGAAUAGAACAACCAUCAUUACAACACUACUAGUUUCAUCUAGAUUUCAACCGUCUAACUUCUCGUAUAUGUCGUGACAAACGAUCCUCGAUUGUUCAAAAAUUGAUUUACAAAUUUAGCAAAAAACAACCAAUGGUGUCACCUACUGAUUAAAAGAGGUUUGCUUCUUCAUCCUUUCAUAGUCUCUCUAAACGACGAGGAAACGUAAUUGUUAAAAAAAAAGUCAACAAGACAUAAUACAAAAAAAAAAAAAUUAGGCCUGGCAUGUUAUUAAAUUCUGAUUAAAACUUUGAAGUUAUACUCAGUCAACCAAUUUUCUAUCUAAGCACUUCCCUUUUCUCAAUGGUGAUUCACUUUUUUUGGUUGUGCUGAACAGCAAGGAUUCUCUCGAUGAAACUUUACUAGGCUGAAGGAAACAUUUCAAAUGGUUUGUAAAUCUGCCGACAAGUCAAAAGGAAGGUAAAAUGAUUCACUUUUCAUUAUACGGAGAAGAGGAAAAUGAAAUAACUGCGUGUUCUGCUGUCAAGAACGAUGAAGGCGACACUUCCUGUUGCAUGGCCAAUGUAGAUAUGUUUAUUUUGGAUCCAUAAAUGCAAUUUUAUCAAUCACUUCCCUGUUAGGGAACAUUCUGAUUGUCACCGCUCUUCGUAAAGAUUCUUCUCUUCAUCCGCCAUCAAAGCUUUCAUUUCGUUGUUUGUCGUGUACGGACCUCUUGGUUGGACUUAUUUCACGGCCGAUGUAUAUCAUUUAUCUUGCUUCCUCGAUCAGAAAGAAUCAGAUAUUGUGUCGGAUAAAUGAACAUUUGGCCAACAUUUUCAGUGGCAUACUGCGCGGCGAAUCUAUCCUCAUUUUAACCGCAAUAAGUGUGGACAGACUCCUCGCUCUAUUACUGAGAUUAAGGUACAGACAAACUGUGACGUUAACACGGGUUUGUCUUCUCGUGAUAUUUUCUUGGAUGAUGAGCUCUGUAAUUGCUUUCUUUAUCUCGUUUCAUGAGCGCUUUUUCUUCGUUGCUUGUUGUAUGUGGAUAGGAGUAUGUUUAGCCGUCUCGUCAUUUUGUUACCUUAAAAUUUACGCUGCCCUUCGCCGUCAACAAGCUGAAAUUCAAAGUCACCAACAACAUUCAGGGGCGACUUUGAAUAUAGCGUGGUACAGAAAAACUGUGGCUAGUGCAAAGUGGAUGUAUUUAACACUCAUAGUUUGUUAUCUGCCAUACACAGUUGUUACUGCUAUCAAUACAUCAAGAAGGGAACCUCUACAGUGUGGUUUGGCGGCUUGGAACAUAACUGGAUCGUUGGUUUUUCUUAACUCAACGCUAAACCCAUUUUUGUACUGCUGGAAUAUGCGCGUGGUGAGACAAGCAGUGGAGGACAUGCUAAGACAACGGUUUUGCGUAUCCCGAAACUUUGUAUUGAGUUUUUACCGCUGAGAGAGUUUUUCAUUUCGUGCUUUUUGAAAAACUUGAGAUAGACUACAAACCAAGGAUACUAAAAAGUUUGAAUUCGCUUGACAUUAAAACGAAAGAGGAAAAUGUUUGUGAAUAAGUGAUAAAUUUGUGGAAGUCAUAGUCAUUUCCAUUUAAAAUCAAUUACGGCAAAGUUUUUGGCUCUGCUUAGGAGGGGUGGGGCUUGAAUUAAUAUAAGAAUAUUCGUGCACCAUGGUGACCGCACGUUUUCUUGCUGGUUUUUUGCUGGGUUCAUUUAAGAACCUAAAGAAAAGUGAGCAAAAGCAUAGCUCGUAUUUGCCGUUUGCCGCAGCCUGGAGCGUUAGUCUUAAAUUCAUUACUGAGUGACAAUAAAUCUAACUGGCAUGGAGUCCAAUUUGAUCUGUAAUUACGAGAAAGAUAAAAAAAAUCCGAUUUGUUUAAGAACCACGAAUAUUGUUCAAAACUGAAUUUGGCAACACAAAGUCGUGUUACAAAUUUAUCAAGACAAAGUCAACUAUUCCAUGCCUUGGCCUAUAGGUAGACUUUUUUCCACCGUAAAAUGAACAGCGCACCUCACAGUUUACUAAAUGAACCAUGGUAUCUAAUUACAUAGGCAUGACACGUACACUGUCCUAUGAGCGCGUAAAUCGAAUUGCCGAUAACCAAUCAUCUUCAAGGUUUUUGUUAUAAAUUUGAUCAGAGAAGAUGAACAUGACGUUCACGCCAAAUAUUAAAGGGUAAAUAUUGAAUCUCCCCGCUGUUUGCGUUUUAGUGAAUAAAUUUGCGUUAGCUUUGAACAAGAGAGUUUUGUCAAAUUGCUGAAAGGUUGAUUUAAGAAUUAAAAGUAAAGUUGUAACAUCAUUGUUCUUUUUUCCUGUCUUCUGUUUCCCUCAUUCCCAAUUUAAAAGCAAAAUGGUCUCUUCCAAUUACCAGCUAAAGUAAAAUAACUACUUUUCGUCGAAACGUUUUAUGCCGGCAGCUGCCUGAUAAAUUGAAGGCAUGUCUAUCAAGGUCUGGAACCGCUGGCUGGCUUUGUUGACAAUGAUAAUGGAAAAUCUGCGACUGAGUCAAUAAUAUUUCCAAGAAAAGCGAUGUUUACCUCCGAACUCGGGUAAUAACAACUGAAUGAACUUCAGAAUUAUAUACAUAGAAGACCUUGAGGCAUACUCCAUAUGUAUAUCUUGUUUUUUCAUUCAUAGCAGCUCUCACGAUGUACUGCCCACAAACCCUUUUCCAGAGGACCUAACGUGAGUCUAUUACAACGACUGAAGUAUUUGAUUUUACUAAAGUGAACUUGAGUAUUGCAUCAGAUCGUAUAGAAGAUAAAUAGAUUUAAAAAUUAUUGUAUUGUGAAAUUUCUUCUCGAGAUAGUGUCAUAGUUGUGUCAUUUCCGCGUUUCUGAGAUGAAAGUAGUUAAAAUUUUUUUUCCAGUUUUGACUGGACGAAAUAUCCUUCAGGGUAUUUACUUAUUCCAUACUGCAUAGGCCCACCAUAGGAAAAUUUAUAUCUACAAAUUCACAGUUUGAUCUCAAUGGAUCAAUAUUUCCUCGAGAAGGAAAAAAAUUCAUUAUUACUAAAGCGAUAAUCAAACAUGCUUAUCGUUGGCGAUAGCGGGUGUUUUGUCGGGACGGGAAGUAAAGAUAAUAAGGAAUUCAUAUAAUUUUGAAAGGGAACUUAACAGACGGUAAUCGAUUUGCCCUAAAUCAUUUGAAUAAUGUAACUAGAUUCUAAUUCCCUAUUGAUUGAAGUUAACUUAUCUACAUAUCUACCGCAUUUUUCUCACAAAUUUACAGGAACAUGGCUCAAUCUCUUCUUUCGUGAAAACGAAAUGCUCAUAUGUAAUCUUUCUCUCCUUAGUGUAAUUAAAGAGGCCUUCUUGGUGUGUAAAAUCCACACAAUUAAUGGAGAAUGCAACCUUUUGCUCCAAAGUUCUUCAGGAUCUUCGGCCCAUGUGGAUGAUAUAUUUUGCAAUUUCUUUAAAUGCAAUUUUGAGUGCCACAGCCACUUUGGGAAACAUCGUGAUUUUCGUGGCUCUCGGUCGGGAUAAUCAGCUUCAUAUGUCAACAAGGCUUCUCUUUCGUUCUCUGGCACUAACGGAUCUCGGUGUUGGACUUAUUUCGCAGCCUUGUUUUGUGAUCUACCUUCUUUUGGUCGUUACAAAAAGGUUAAAUGAUUGUGAAAGAACUGAAAGUGUAAUGCAGGUAUCUACAGCUCUCCUUUGUAGCAUUUCACUUUUCACAUUAACCGCAGUCAGUAUAGACAGACUUCUUCUUCUUAAGCUGGGGCUAAGACACAGAUGUGUUGUAACCGUAAAGCGAGUGAAAGAAGUCGUUUUUCUUUCGUGGACGGUGUUUCUUUCGAUUGGAGUGUUAUACUUUUUGAACACAACUAUCUUCACUAUGACUGUUUGCGCGAGUGUUCUGCUAUGCCUUCUAGCGUCGGCGUACUCCUACAUUUCAAUAUAUUUCUCCUUACGAUGUCGAAUUGCUCGAAUUUUGCAACAGAAUGCUCACGAUCAACGCAAGGUCUUCCGGCCACGAAAUUUGUUAAGGUAUAAAAGGACAGUCUCUACCUCAUUAUGGGUUUACUUUAUACUGGUAGUGUCCUAUCUGCCAUUCGUUCUUGUACAGGUGACAAGGACUCGCCUUGGAGAUAGCCGGUCCAUUGUUAUCGCAGAAGGAUGCACUACAUCUCUAGUUUAUCUUAAUUCCACACUGAAUCCGUUCAUUUACUGUUGGAGGAUUAGAGAGGUGAGGAAAGCGGUUAAAACAAUGGUUCAACGAAUCGGUUUGUUCUUUCUCCGAAUAGUUACCGCGGUGCUUUCCAUAAUUUAUUGA